UUUGGGUAUAGUAGAAGGUGCUCUACAGCGAGAGAAAUCCGGGCAGGCGCAGACACCUUCACACUGAGCAGAGGUUUUUGCGGCGCAGUUUGUGUGGCGGCCGGGACCCGAUCUUUUAAAACCAUGCUGGAUUGACUGCAGAGAGGCAACUACAAUCAAUGGCUUGGCUUUGAAAUCGUUGAAAAUUUAUUGGAAAGGAGUGUGAGACAGAGCGACAGUGAGAGAGGGAGAGAAGCGAGGGAGAGAGCGAGAGAGUGGCGAGAGGGGUGGAAAUAAAGAUCCUUUUCAACGAUGGAGCUUACAAUGGAAAACAUUGGAAAUCUGCACGGUGUAUCUCACUCCCAUCAAACGAGCGACUUAAUGAACUCCCCGCACGCGCGCCAGUCGUCGGCGUCGCAUCGGAACUUGGUGUCGCACGGUCGGUCAGCCAUGGUGUCCAGCAUGGCCUCGAUACUGGAGGGAGCAGGGGACUACCGCACAGACCACGCUUUGUCUGGCCCCCUGCAUCCGGCAAUGACCAUGUCGUGCGACUCCGGGAUGAGCCUGAGCAGCACCUACACCACGCUGACACCGCUGCAGCACCUGCCCCCCAUAUCCACCGUGUCGGAGAAAUUUCACCAUCCACACCCACAUGCUCACCAUCAUCCGGCGCACCAGCGACUCGCAGCCGGGAACGUCAGCGGCAGCUUCACCCUGAUGAGGGACGACCGAAGCCUCGCCUCCAUGAGCAACCUCUACGGCCACUACCCCAAAGACAUGUCCGGCAUGGGGCAGCCUCUAUCCCCUCUGUCUAAUGGUCUCGGGUCUUUGCACAGCUCCCAGCAGACUCUCAGCGCCUAUGGUCCUGGAGCUCACCUCUCCAACGACAAGAUGAUCUCCUCGGGGGGCUUCGAGUCCCACGCAGCCAUGCUGUCCCGGGGCGAGGAGCACCUGGCCCGGGGUCUCGGGGGCCACGGGGCCGGGCUCAUGACAUCCUUGAACGGCAUACACCAUCACAGCCAUCCGCAUUCUCAGGCAAACGGGUCCAUGCUGUCAGACCGGGACAGGCAGACGGUGGUGGGAGGCGGGCAGGGAGGUGGGUCAGGGCAGGUGGAGGAGAUAAACACCAAGGAGGUGGCACAGCGAAUAACGGCAGAGCUCAAGCGCUACAGCAUCCCCCAGGCCAUCUUUGCUCAGAGGAUCUUGUGCCGGUCCCAGGGAACUCUGUCUGACCUGCUGCGGAAUCCUAAACCGUGGAGUAAACUCAAGUCUGGUCGGGAGACGUUCAGGAGGAUGUGGAAGUGGCUCCAGGAGCCCGAGUUCCAGCGGAUGUCGGCGCUCAGGCUUGCAGCCUGCAAGCGCAAAGAACAGGAGCAACACAAGGACCGCAACACGGCGCCCAAGAAACAGCGUCUGGUCUUCACUGACCUGCAGCGCCGCACACUCAUCGCCAUCUUCAAGGAGAACAAGCGUCCAUCCAAGGAAAUGCAGAUCACCAUCUCCCAGCAGCUCGGCCUGGAGCUCAGCACCGUCAGCAACUUCUUUAUGAAUGCGCGCCGCCGCUGCGUGGACCGCUGGCAUGAUGACCACGGUGCCAGCCCCGGGCAGCCGGGCACAUCCGCCACCACCUUCUCCAAGGCCUGAGAGGAGGAGAGGACCUUCAGAGGGCCAGGGAGUCAGGUUGGAACAACAGGCAACAUGGAGAAUUGGCUGUGAAACCUGUGUGUAACAACCCUACCUGGCCUGGGCCGUCUGAAUGUGUCCUCUGCCCCCAGAAAUCCUUUGUGCCAUGCAAUCAUCUUUUUUGUCAGUCAAAAUUUCAAGCUCUCACCUGAAACAAGCAUAAUCUAAAAAGGUGAAUUGUGAAGUCAGGUCCACUCUGCAUUACUCACAUAAGGACAAUCAUUGAUUCUGUCUUUUUUUAAAGAAAAUCAUUUUUAUGGCAUCUGACAAAGUUAAGAGACACCAAAGAUUUGAUGUUUUUGUUGGACGGUACCAGACAUAUUGCCGGCCUCCUUCACCACCCAAGUAGCCACUGAUUCUGCUUUUUUUUUCUUCCAACUCACCUCCUUUGUGUCUGCCUCUUUAGUCUCUCUCUCAUCCCCUCUACGCCAGCACACGGAAGCAACAAGGGCGAAAGAACGGCAAUAAAUCUGACAACAGAACAGCACAUAGCCUUAUUAUCCAAGCCCCAUCCUGCACACACAAGGCCGUCAUAAAGAAAACAACGCAGCCUAUGAAAAAAACAACAAGGCUUUCCAAUUCUCCGCCUCUACCUCCCCCCCUCUCCUCCUGUAGUCUCCUUCAUUCCUCGGCCAAAGGUAUUCCCUGAUGGCCAGCCAUUUCAGAGAGCAGCUCAGCCUGAUCAUACGGCAAACUAAUGAAUUGAAAAAUGAAUCGAUGCAGACAGAGAGAGCGGGGCCUUGACCCCUCCUGAAGGUGAAACUCAAGAUGCUCGGCAGUAGAUACUCAGGUCUUCCAGGCCCAGGUCUAUAUUUUUUGCACAGAUGUUGGAGGCCUGUAGGGAGACGUGUCAUUGUUACUCUUAGCCUGAGCCUAGAGUCUGUGUUUCUCUGACCAACAGGAGAGGCGGGCGAGAUGUCUGGACAUGCUCUUUGUUCUGCUGGGAGCUUUUCCUCUGAUCAAUAACUGAGAAGCAAGCGACAACAACACGCUCGGGCAUCCAGCCAACUACAUUACAGCUGCAUAUGAAAAGCAGAAUGUAAGAGGAGCACAUGGAACCCACUGGAGAUGGGGACACAAAGGCCUCAUAACAGCAGCAGCAGCAGCAGCAGCAGCAGCACACCUCUCCCUCCCUGCUCCUGCCUGUGCUGGCAGAGCAACAGUGCCCCCUGCUGUCGAUAGCAGAGACCUGUAUCCAGCAGAGCAAUGGGGCUCAGAGCGGAGGAGAGGGAGGGAAGAGCCACUAGAUGCUGAGGAGAAGUCAUGGCACAACACAUUCAGGCCCUCACAGCUCUUUGAAGGCAGAUCAAUAGCUAACCAUUAUCCUAUUGUUGUUCCUCAUCCAACCAGCACUGGUGAAGCCGGAGGAGGGGGAUGGUUAAACUGAAUGCUGAAAACGCAGGGAUUUAGCAAAGGCAGGGAUUUAUUUAGCCAAUCCAAAUCUUCACACAAAAUACAAAGACCGGAUAGAAAAGUACAACAGAGUAAAAAGUAACAGCUCACCGAGACAGACACAUUUGAGGCAUAGCGGAGGUUUAAUUUACAUUAUUUUGGGAGGCUUCAUAUUUUGUCAAAUCAUCCUUCCAUUCCUCCAUCCCAUCUGUUUGCAAAAAAAAAAGCUCUCAACAGAUGUGAUUCAAACCAAAUCUCCUGGUUAUUCCCACACAAGGGUUAUCAGUAGCUAACCCAAAGCUAACCACCACAUUCAGCUGUCAAAAUGCUACAAUAAUUAGUGCCAAUGCUUACUGCCUUAAUGCGAAUCAGAGAAUAUGGUACUAGGGUUCACACACAGCUACAGUGCGCCCCACUGAUGACGGGCGGUGUGUGCCAUAGCAACCAACAAUCAGCUUUUAUCUGAAUUAAAAAUAUACUUUUGUAGUAAAAAAAUGGAAAAAAAAGAAUCAGAUUUUAAGGCAUACAAUAACCAAACCUCAAACGACAAAGAUACCACACACACACAAUAUGUGUUACAAAAACAAAAUGUCUCCAACACAUAACUGGACACAUUUUGAAGCAGAAGAAAAAAAAAUCUCUCAUUCUAUCUUUGGUUCUCUACCUCCUCUGUCCCUCUAACCCCAUUGCCCCCUCUCUUUCUCUCUUCCUCUCUAUAUUGAUGCGGGUAUUUAAUUAGUACCAUAGACACAAAGUUUCUAUUUCUUGUUACUAUUGUGCUCUGUUGUGCAUAAGUAAGGCACCUUGUUGAUAAAUCAAAAACAAAAAAGGAAGGACUUUUUAAAAGGUUAAAAAAAAGAGGGAUGCAAGGACCGAGGCCAAUGAAGGAAGUUUUCUUUUCUUUUUUUUUUGCAUUCUAUGUGAAUACAGACUCGGAGGAGACAUUAACGUGAGAAAGAGGAGAAAAAGGAGCUGCUGAAGAGAAGAAUAAAUGAUGGGACGCUCUCUGUCUUUUGGCAUUUCAUGUCAGAACUGUGGUACCCUCGGCCCCCUUUAAGCUGAGCCCCAAGGAUGGGGUAAAAACAGAGGGGGGACAAAACAUGACCUCCAAAUGUCCUGGCUGAUUCAGUGCGUUUUACCAGAGGACGGGUGUGGGGUAAUGCUCGGGACUCAAUUGUUAUCUGUAUGGUCUUAAGAUGCAACUGUAGCAUUUCCAACAAUGUAGUCAGAUUAGCGGUGCAGAUUAGAUAAGAGAUGGUCAUUGUAGAGGAGCUGAUUGAGAGGUACUGACAAACUUCACGUUGCUGUAAGCAGUGAGUUAAUGUCGCCAAAGGAUGAUGAGCUAAAAUCGAUUUGUGGUAUACAGUUCAGUGAGCAUAGGUAAAUAGCUAGAUUCAGCUCUAGGUAUUAGGCUGACAAAAUGACAUUUGUUUGUAGUGAGAACCAAUGUGGCUACCUCACUAAGCUGAGUGGUUUGUGAAACCGCCACUAAUACCAAAGAUACUGCAGCCUACCGGUCCCAAACUGCCUAGGGGGACACAAACCAAAAAAAAGCCCCCCCCCCCUUUGCCCAGAAAUGUCACAGGCAGACACACUGACAUCUCACACACACAUUUGUACAAACAGCGCAGUCGGACUGCAUCGUGCCACAUAGGAGGAGGUGGCUGCAUGCAGACAGAGUUGAGUGCCUUUUCCCUUCAACCACGGGUGGGACUGCACUGGACACACACUCACAUGCAAUAACACACACGCACAUACACACACACACACACACACACACACGCACACACAGCCACGCGGGUGCAUGCAUAUAGCUGCACACCCAUUUACAAACAUGCACUCACAUUCAGACAACGCACCCAUAAUUGGAUGGACAGAAAGGGGGGCCAAAGAGAGGGACACAGAGUGGGGGCUGUGUCAGCAUUUUCUCCCAUAUUGACUUUCCAUCUUGAUACACUAGAAUACAAGCACUUUAUCAUGUAGAAAGUCUAUAAAACAUUUUCUAUACACUAUUUAUUUGAAACAAAAUUAUAUGUUACUCCUUAAUCUGUCAGAGUCUUUGUUACUGUAUCGUUGAUCUUCUAGUAGCUCACAGCCUUUAUGUUUUUUUUUUAUUUUUUUUGCCUCCGCCCAGUGUGCUUAGACUCUCAGCCACUUUACCUCUCUCGCAUCAGAGAUAUUUUUGUGUAACAGAGAAAGAGGGGGGUAAAAAGGCUGAGGCUCUGAGCGCUCACAGGGCUAUAAGUUGUAAAAAAAAAAAAAAACAUCUUACCACUUAAUGUCUCUCUCUCUCCACUGCGUGCAA